GCCCCGUUACAUGUGGAUCGGAGACGCCGCUGGCUGCGUGAUGGGGGUGGUGAUCACGAUGGUGAUGGUGGUGGUGACGGUGACGGUGGUGACAUCGCUGUGAGAGUCACGGGGAAGCCGGGCCCGGACACCCUGCGUUGGAUGCCGCCAUCGCAGCCGCGCGUGUAGCUGAUUGAUGCUGAUGGUGGUGGUGAUGGUGGUGUGAGGAUGGGGAUCUGUCGCUGUCUCCUGCUGCUGCUGCUCCUCCUCCCGCUCGCGGCGGCGCUCGGAGCGGAGAUCAGCGUGAGGCGAGAGGCGGCGCGGCCAGGCUGCUUGUUUCAUCGCGAGCUGUGCUCCUCCUGGGAGGUCUGCGUGAACGACGGCUUCUAUGGCAGCUGCCAGCAGAGGGCGGGCGGCGCGGCGAUGAGACCCUCCAAACGGGAGCUCCCCGCCCUGCACGGAAUAACUCGGACGCUGUCGCCCCCCCCGGCGUCCCCCGUGGGGGGCGCUCCGCCCCCCGCCACCCCCGCCGUGCGCUUCUGGCCACCCCCAUGGGCUCUCAGGCCGCUGGUGGGGGAGCAGGGGGGAGGGGCCCCAGCAGCCCCUGCUGCCGAGGGGCCUCCGGGCCGCGCGGGGGCCCUGCGCCGGGCCCUGUGGCUGCUGGAGACGCUGGCGCUGGGGGACAGGGACGCGGCGGCCACCCGCCUGGGCCACGGCCUCGGCACCCGCGAGGCCCCCCCCCGCCCCCUCCCCCAGACCCCCGUGCGGUCGGAGGUGCCGGGCCCGGAGCGGCGCGGAGUGGGGGAUGGCCCCCCCCCGAGGAGCCGGGCGGAGUCGCGGGCGCUGGGCCGCCUCCUCUCCGCCUACCUGAGCCCCCGGCGACACCGCCACGUGCCCCCCGUGGACGGGGGCUGGGGGGCCGCCGUGGGGGGCGCCCUGGGGGGCGCCGUGGGGGGCGCCGUGGGGGGGCCCGACCCCUACCCCCCCCGCCGUGUUUGGGGGGAGGGCGGCGCGGGGGGGCGCUACCCCAGCAGCCCCGGCGUGUGGGGGGGGCGUACUGACACCAGGGUGGAGAUGGACCCCGUGCGGGCCGCCCUGGAGGCGGAGCUCUCCUUCUACGGCCUCAGCCUCUCCGACCUCUCCCCGGCCCAGGUCGCCACCCUGGUCGCCGUGGUAACGGACGGGCAGGGGGGCCGCCCGGGCCCCCCGGUCGCCGUGGAGACGGGGGGAGGGCGGCAGGGCCCCCCGCCGGGCCCGAACGGCGGGGGGGUGGAGCGCGGGAGAGCGAGGGGGGGGCCCUGGGAGCUCGAGAGACUCCUCGGGGGGGGGCCGCACGGCUACGAGGAGGAGGAGGAGGAGCUGGAGGAGGAGGAGGAGGGCCCCGAGGGGGGGCCGCCCCCGCUCGGCCGCCCCCUCGCGUCACGUGACCCCGCCGGAGCAUCGCCAUUGGCCAUCGUGCCGACCCCCGCCGGCCUCCCGGGGGGGGGGGUGCCCGGCGGGGGCGGCCCCACGGAGGGGGGGGGCGCCACCAGUCUGGAGUACGGAUACGUGGUCGCCGACCACGACCCUCUGAGUGUGCGGGAUGGGCUGCUGCUCAUGGAGGCGCUGUCCCACAACCUGGGCAUUUCUCUCACCUCCUUCACAGACGUCAACGUGAUCGGCCCGGCGCUCGCCUUCCAGAUCGGACAGAACGAGCAGAACUUGUCGGUGUCCAGCAUCGCCGAGGCCGCAGUUCGGAAGAAAGCGCAGCUCGAGAAGGACAGCGGAGUGAGGAUCAUCCAGAUGGGCGUGGGCGAGCAGCGCUCUGGCCUGCAGGUGGUGCCGCGGCUGCGCCGUGGCGAGCAGCCCUCCUCCCGGCGCCUGCUGGCGCUCUCCGUGGUGCUGGCGUCGUGCGCCGGCGGCGUGCUGGCGGCGGGCGCCGUGCUCUACUGUCUGCGCAGGCGCCGCGGGGGGGACAAGGGGGGGGGCGCGGGGGGACACGCGGGUGGCACCGAGCCCAGCGCGGACUACCAGGAGCUGUGCCGCCAGCGCAUGGCGGCGCGCUGUGCGGAGCGUGGGGAGGGCGUCCCGCCGGCGCCCGCCCACGGCUCGCGCGUCAGCAGCGUCUCGUCCCAGCAGAGCGACGCGGCCCAGCGCAGCCCAUCGUCACGCAGCAGCUCCUCCUCGUGGUGCGAGGAGCCCGUCGCCUCCACCAUGGACAUUUCCACCGGCCACAUGGUGCUGGCCUACAUGGAGGACCACCUGAGCAACAAGGAGCGGCUGAGCCGCGAGUGGGAGUCGCUGUGCUCGGAGCAGGCGGACCCCGCGGUGUGCACCGUCGCACUGGCGCCGCAGCACGCGCACAAGAACCGUACCGCGCACUCCACACCCUACGACCACGCUCGCAUCGUCCUCAAGGCCGACGUCAACCCCUCCCACUCGGACUACAUCAACGCCAGCCCCAUCAUGGACCACGACCCUCGCAGCCCAUCCUACAUCGCCACCCAGGGGCCUCUCCCCCACACGGUCGCAGACUUCUGGCAGAUGGUGUGGGAGCAGGGCUGCGUGGUGCUCGUGAUGCUCACGCCGCUCAGUGAGAACGGCGUGCGGCAGUGCCAGCGCUAUUGGCCCGACGAGGGCUCCAACCUCUACCACAUCUACGAGGUGAACCUGGUGUCGGAGCACAUCUGGUGCGAGGACUUCCUGGUCCGCAGCUUCUACCUGAAGAACAUCCGCAGCGGGGAGACGCGCACCCUCACGCAGUUCCACUUCCUGAGCUGGCCCGACCACGCCGUGCCCGCCUCCACGCGCUCCCUGCUCGACUUCCGCAGGAAGGUGAACAAGUGUUACCGUGGCCGCUCUUGUCCCAUCAUCAUCCACUGCAGCGACGGGGCAGGGAGGACGGGCACCUACCUGCUCAUCGACAUGGUGCUCAACCGCAUGGCCAAGGGCACUAAGGAGAUCGACAUCGCAGCCACGCUGGAGCACAUCCGCGACCAGCGUGCUGGCAUGGUGCGCACGAAGGAGCAGUUUGAGUUUGCGCUCACAGCUCUGGCUGAAGAGGUGAACGCCAUCCUCAAGUCGCUCCCCAAGUGACACGGACAAGGAGGUGGAGGAGGUGGAGGGGAUGGAGUGGAGCAUGAGGACGGUGCGGAAGUGGAGUACAGGAAGAGGAGAAGGGGAAAUUGAAGGAGGUGGAUGUGGAGGAGGUGGAGUCAGAGGUGGAAGAGGAGAACGAGGGGGGGGGGGGGGGAGGAGGUAGGGUGUGGGGAGGGGGCACAGGUACGGGGUUGACGGGACGGGACGGGAGGAGACGAAGUUGCAGUCGUGUUGACACUGAACGCGAAACUCCAUCGCCCCAUGGGUGUCUGGGUCUCCCUGAGUGACUGAGUCUCUCUGAGUGACUGAGUGACUGAGUCUGAGUGACUGAGUGACUAAGUGAGUGAGUGAAUGAGAGACUGCGUGACUGAAUGACUGACUGACUGACUGAGUGACUGAGUGAGUGACUGAGUGACUGAGUAACUGACUGAGUGACUGACUGAGUGAUUGACUGAGUGACUGAGUGACUGAGUGAGUGACUGAGUGAGUGACUGAGACUGAGUGACUGAGUGACUGACUGAGUAACUGAGUGACUGAGACUGAGUGACUGACUGAGUAAGUGAGUGACUGAGAGACUGACUGAGUAACUGAGUGAGUGAGUGACUGAGUGACUGAGUGAGUGAGUGACCGAGAGACUGACUGAGUAACUGAGUGAGUGACUGAGUGACUGAGUGACUAAGUGACUGAGUGAGUGACUGAGUGAGUGAGUAAUUGACUGAGUGAAUGACUGAGUGACUGAGUGAGUGAGUGACUGACUGAGUGACUGAGACUGAGUGACUGAGUGACUUACUGAGUAACUGAGUGACUGAGACUGAGUGACUGAGUGACUGAGUAACUGAGUGAGUGAGUGACUGAGAGACUGACUGAGUAACUGAGUGAGUGACUAAGUGAGUGAGUGACUGAGUGAGUGACUGAGUGACUGAGUGAGUGACUGAGUAACUGAGUGACUGAGUGACUGACUGAGUGACAGACUGAGUGACUGACUGAGUGACUGAGUGACUGAGUGACUGACUGAGUGACUGACUGAGUAACUGAGUGAGUGACUGAGUGAGUGACUGAGUGACUGAGUGAGUGACUGAGUGACUGAGUGAGUGACUGAGUCUGAGUGACUGAGUGACUGACUAAGUGACUGAGUAAGUGAGUGACUGAGUCACUGAUGGAGCGACUCAGUGACGGAGUUACUGACUGAGUGACUGAGUGACUGACUGAGUGACUGAGUGACUGAGUGAGUGAGUGACUGAGAGACUGACUGAGUAACUGAGUGAGUGACUGAGUGACUGAGUGACUAAGUGAUUGAGUGAGUGACUGAGUGACUGAGUAAUUGACUGAGUCAAUGACUGAGUGACUGAGUGACUUACUGAGUAACUGAGUGACUGAGACUGAGUGACUGAGUGACUGACUGAGUAACUGAGUGAGUGAGUGACUGAGAGACUGACUGAGUAACUGAGUGAGUGACUGAGUGACUGAGUGAGUGACUGAGUGACUGAGUGAGUGACUGAGUAACUGAGUGACUGAGUGACUGAGACUGAGUGACUGACUGAGUGACUGAGUGAGUGAGUGACUGACUGAGUGACUGACUGAGUAACUGAGUGAGUGACUGAGUGAGUGACUGAGUGACUGAGUGAGUGACUGAGUGACUGAGUGAGUGACCGAGUGACUGAGUGAGUGACUGAGUCUGAGUGACUGAGUGACUGACUAAGUGACUGACUGAGUGAGUGACUGAGUGAGUGACUGAGUGACUGAGUGAGUGACUGAGUAACUGAAUGACUGAGUGACUGACUGAGUGACUGAGUAACUGAGUGACUGAGUGACUGAGACUGAGUGAGUGACUGAGUGAGUGACUGAGUGAGUGAGUGAGUGACUGAGUGACUGAGUGAGUGACUGAGUCUGAGUGACUGAGUGACUGACUAAGUGACUGACUGAGUGAGUGAGUGACUGAGUCACUGAUGGAGCGACUCAGUGACGGAGUUACUGACUGAGUGACUGAGUGAGUGACUGAGAGACUGACUGAGUAACUGAGUGAGUGACUGAGUGACUGAGUGACUAAGUGACUGAGUGAGUGACUGAGUGACUGAGUAAUUGACUGAGUGAAUGACUGAGUGACUGAGUGACUGAGUGACUGAGUGACUUACUGAGUAACUGAGUGACUGAGACUGAGUGACUGAGUGACUGACUGAGUAACUGAGUGAGUGAGUGACUGACUGAGUGACUGAGUGACUGAGUGAGUGAGUGACUGAGAGACUGACUGAAUAACUGAGUGAGUGACUGAGUGACUGAGUGACUAAGUGACUGAGUGAGUGACUGAGUGACUGAGUAAUUGACUGAGUGAAUGACUGAGUGACUGAGUGACUGAGACUGAGUGACUGAGUGACUUACUGAGUAACUGAGUGACUGAGACUGAGUAACUGAGUGAGUGACUGAGAGACUGAGUAACUGAGUGAGUGACUGAGUGACUGAGUGACUGACUGAGUGAGUGACUGAGUGAGUGACUGAGUGAGUGACUGAGUGACUGAGACUGAGUGACUUGAGUGACUGACUGAAUGACUGAGUGAGUGAGUGACUGACUGAGUGACUGACUGAGUAACUGAGUGAGUGACUGAGUGAGUGACUGAGUGACUGAGUGAGUGACUGAGUGACUGAGUGAGUGACUGAGUCUGAGUGACUGAGUGACUGACUAAGUGACUGAGUGAGUGAGUGACUGAGUGACUGACGGAGAGACUCAGUGACGGAGUUACUGACUGAGUGACUGACUGUGUGACUGACUGAGUGACUGAGUGACUGAAUGACUGAGUGACUGACUGACUCAGUGACUGAGUGUCUGAGUGAGUGACUGAGUGAGUGACUGAGUGAGUGACUGAGUAACUGACUGAGUGGCUGACUGAGUGACUGACUGAGUGACUGAGUGAGUGACUGAGUGAGUGACUGAGUGAGUGACUGAGACUGAGUGACUGACUGAGUAACUGAGUGACUGACUGAGUAACUGAGUAAGUGAGUGACUGAGAGACUGACUGAGUGACUGAGUGAGUGCCUGACUUAGUGACUGAGUGAGUGACUGAGUGAGUGAGUGAUUGACUGAGUGAAUGACUGAGUGACUGAGUGAGUGACUGACUGAGACUGAGUGACUGAGUGACUUACUGAGUAACUGAGUGACUGAGACUGAGUGACUGAGUGACUGACUGAGUAACUGAGUGAGUGAGUGACUGAGAGACUGACUGAGUAACUGAGUGAGUGAGUGAGUGACUGAGUGAGUGAGUGACUGAGUGAGUGACUGAGUAACUGAGUGACUGAGUAACUGAGUGAGUGACUGAGUGAGUGACUGAGUGAGUGAGUGACUGAGUGAGUGACUGAGUAACUGAGUGACUGACUGAGUGAGUGAGUGACUGACUGAGUGACUGACUGAGUAACUGAGUGAGUGACUGACUGAGUGAGUGACUGAGUGACUGAGUGACUGAGUGAGUGACUGAGUAACUGAGUGACUGAGUGAGUGACUGAGUCUGAGUGACUGAGCGAGUGACUGAGUGACUGACUAAGUGACUGAGUGACUGACUGAGUGAGUGACUGAGUGACUGACGGAGUGGCUCAGUGACGGAGUUAGUGACUGAGUGACUGACUGAGUGAGUGACUGAGUGACUGAGUGACUGAGUGAGUGACUGAGUGACUGAGUGACUGAGUCUCUCUGAGUGACCAUGCACCUCCACCCUCCCCCAUCGAUGACGUGCACCUGUCGACCGCCUGUACACUACACACACCACACUGCCUGUAUACACACACUACACACACUACACCGCCUGUACUCACACACACACACUACACCGCCUGUAGGCACACACACACUAUGCACACACUACACACACACUACACCGCCUGUAGGCACACACACACUACACCUCCUGCACACACACACACCACACCGCCUGUACACACACACACCACACCGCCUGUACACACACACACACACAAUACACCGCCUGUAGGCACACAGACACCACACCGCCUGUAGGUACACACACUACACCGCCUGUACACACACACACACACUACACUGCCUGUACACACACACACUACACCUCCUGUAUACACACACACUCUACACCGCCUGUACACACACACUACACCGCCUGUACACACACACACUCUACACCGCCUGUAGGCACACACACACACUACACACACACACUCUACACCGCCUGUAGGCACACACACACUACACCGCCUGUACACACACACCGCCUGUACACACACACACCACACCGCCUGUACACACACACACACUACACCGCCUGUAGGCACACACACACCACACUGCCUGUACACACACACACACACUACACCACCUGUACACACACACCACACCGCCUGUACACACACACCACAUCGCCUGUACACACACACACUACACCGCCUGUAGGCACACACACACUACAACGCCUGUACACACACACAGACUACACCGCCUGUACACACUACACACACCCUACACACACUACACACACUCUACACACACACUACACCGCCUGUACACACACACUACACACACACACACACACUACACACACACUACACACACUACACACACACUAUACACACACACUACACACACACUACACACACACACUACACACACCACACACACACACUACACACACACUACACCGCCUGUAGGUACACACACACUACACACACUACAUCACACACACUACACACA